AUGAUUCACGGCUACGACUACCGACUCGUUCAAAUCCCCAAAACAGUCGAUCGAUCUGGAACAUGGACCAAAGUCACUGCGAUCAGGGAAGCGUUGAGAUACUACGAAUACGUUGUAUUCAUAGAUGCAGAUGCCAUGGUGCCCUACCCCAAUCUACCCAUGGAAUGGCUAUUCAACUAUUGGGAGAUCACUCCAGAGACUCUAGUUGCCAUGGCUCUUGAUCCAGACGCACCCCACAACCGUGACUGGAAUAACCGCACACUUCUCAAUACGGGCUUCAUUAUUGCCCAGCAGAGCACUCGUACCCAUGAACUCUUUGAGGCGUGGGAGAGUUGUCCCAACGAAACGCGCUAUCCGGAAUGCAAGAGGUGGGGUGGGGAAUGGCCACAUGAGCAGUCUGCAUUUGGGAACCAUGUUAGAUAUGACUUCAACAGAUCGGAAGACAUUCGCGUCUUGUCUUGUGCAGAGGCAAAUGGGUGCCCUGAGGUCGCAGCUACUGGGUGUGCUGGGGAGUUAGUGAGGCACUAUUGGGGCGACAAGAGCUCGCUGCCCGCUGGUGUUGGGGAUGCAGUCUUGCAGUGUUUUUUGCCGCAGUUGCACCGGAAUUUUUAUCACAAUUCUCGGACUUUGGUGGUGAAUAGGACUGAGCGUGUGUUUGCAUGA